UAACUUCCGGGAAGGGCUUACUUCCAAGACAGACACGGAAGUGCUGGGAGGCGCCGGGAGCCAGUUCGGUUGCGGGUGUCUUUGGCCCUGCGGUCAGCCCUGGGAACGUCCCGGAGAGCUAGAUUCCUAGAGGCCCGAUUCCGCUAGCCCGGAACAGACAAAGCCAGCGCUCCCACCCGCUCCCCGACUUAGGAUCCGAUGCCAGCAGCGUCCUGGGGCCCCCGUAGCGGGGCUGGACCAUGAGCCUGCUGGACGGCCUCGCCUCCUCGCCGCGGGCUCCACUGCAGUCCAGCAAGGCCAGGAUGAAAAAGCUCCCGAAGAAAAGCCAGAAUGAGAAGUACCGGCUGAAGUACCUGCGGCUGCGCAAAGCGGCCAAGGCCACGGUGUUUGAAAAUGCUGCUAUUUGUGAUGAAAUUGCUCGUCUUGAGGAAAAAUUUCUUAAAGCAAAAGAAGAAAGAAGGUACUUGCUAAAGAAGCUCCUCCAGCUUCAGGCUCUAACUGAAGGGGAAGUACAGGCUGCAGCUCCUUCCCACAGUUCCAGUUUGCCCCUGACUUAUGGUGUGGCCAGCUCUGUGGGAACUAUACAGGGAGCUGGGCCUAUUUCAGGGCCCAGCACUGGGGCUGAGGAACCAUUUGGGAAGAAAACUAAGAAGGAGAAAAAAGAAAAAGGCAAAGAGAACAACAAACUGGAAGUUCUGAAGAAAACAUGCAAGAAAAAGAAAAUGGAGGGAGGUGCUCGCAAGCUGGUUCAGCCCAUUGCCCUGGAUCCCUCAGGACGGCCUGUGUUCCCCAUCGGACUAGGGGGUCUAACAGUAUAUAGCCUGGGGGAGAUCAUCACCGACCGACCUGGCUUUCAUGAUGAGAGUGCCAUCUACCCCGUGGGCUACUGCAGUACUCGAAUAUAUGCCAGCAUGAAGUGCCCAGACCAGAAGUGUCUAUAUACCUGUCAGAUCAAGGAUGGUGGUGUGCAGCCUCAGUUUGAAAUUGUUCCUGAAGAUGACCCCCAGAAUGCCAUUGUCAGCUCUUCUGCAGAUGCUUGUCAUGCAGAACUGCUCAGGACUAUAAGCGCUACUAUGGGGAAACUAAUGCCUAACCUGCUUCCAGCUGGAGCUGACUUUUUUGGAUUUUCUCAUCCAGCCAUCCACAACCUGAUCCAGAGCUGUCCAGGAGCUCGAAAAUGCAUCAAUUACCAGUGGGUGAAAUUUGAUGUGUGCAAACCUGGAGAUGGGCAGCUACCUGAGGGGCUGCCAGAGAAUGAUGCAGCUAUGAGCUUUGAAGCCUUUCAGAGACAGAUCUUUGAUGAAGAUCAGAAUGAUCCCCUUCUGCCAGUUCUGGAUGCUGGGAAGUCCAAGUUCAAGGAGCGCAGAGUCAAUGUCUGGAAUAUCAAGUCCCAGCCCCUGCAACCCAGGCUGCUGCUUAAUUUUCAUGUCAGUAUCAUCAAAAUCCAAUGUUCUGCUUAAACUCAAGAUGGAAAGUCCAGUCCAAGGUUCCUGGAGGUGAAAGGAACCUGAACUUAGAGUUCUUGGCUACCGCUGGCUGCCCCCGAAUUAGAACAGCCCAUGGGGGUAUGUGUAUUGGGAGCGGAGGAGUGGACAGGUAGAUUGACUUUCUCAGGCAUCAAUCUGUUACACGGUUCAUGGUUUCUAUGGGGCCAGAUGCAUGAGUGGUCAAAGCAUGGGCAAUAGGGGUUAACUGAACGAGUUGAAUGCUAGGAAGUCCUCAGGGGAGCCAAAGUUCCUUGUAAAGUGUGUCGAUUUUUUGUUUUUUAACUAAAUAAAAUCUUGGCACUGACAAA